CCCAAAAAAAAAAGUGCCUUCCGUGAUCCCUGAGAACCCGAAUAUUUUUUGAGCCAUUUGGGGGCACUAAUUUGAAGUGGUUGUGCUUAGCAAAUUUCUUAAUUUUGAAGCCUGAGCGGAAAUAAAAAGCACACCCGGCCCCAUUUCCAGAGGACCGAGAUUGCGUCGGACAACCAGGAAGCGGCCCGGCUGGGAGCUGUCCCCUGUGCUCCACUCUGCAGUCCAGGGCAGCUCCCAGGCUCCCUACACGGUGUUCCCUGGUGACCCCUGCCCCGACCUAGGCUCCAGCCCGGGCCUAUCACUCCGGAGCCACCAUGUCGUCCGACUUCGAAGGCUACGAGCAGGACUUCGCCGUGCUCACUGCAGACAUCACAAACAAGAUUGCAAGGGUCCCCCGACUCCCGCCUGAUGAGAAGAAACAGAUGGUUGCAAAUGUGGAGAAACAGCUUGAAGAAGCAAAAGAACUGCUUGAACAGAUGGAUUUGGAAGUCCGAGAGAUACCACUCCAAAGUCGAGGAAUGUACAGCAAUAGAAUGAGAAGCUACAAGCAAGAAAUGGGAAAACUUGAAACAGAUUUUAAAAGGUCACGGAUCGCCUACAGUGACGAAGUACGCAAUGAGCUCCUCGGGGAUGAUGGGAAUUCCUCAGAGAGCCAGUUGAUAAAAUUACGUGAAGAGAGGGCACAUCUGCUCGAUAACACAGAGAGGCUGGAAAGGUCAUCUCGCAGACUAGAGGCUGGAUACCAAAUAGCAGUAGAAACCGAGCAAAUUGGCCAGGAGAUGUUGGAAAACCUCAGUCAUGACAGAGAAAAGAUACAGAGAGCACGUGAAAGACUUCGGGAAACAGAUGCUAACUUGGGGAGAAGCUCCAGGGUUCUGACAGGGAUGUUGCGAAGAAUCAUCCAGAACCGCAUCCUGGUCGUCAUCCUGGCCGUCAUUCUGGUCAUCACUAUCCUGAUGGCGAUCACUUUUUCUAUCAGAAGACACUGAUGUAUCUGCUCUUCCUUGAUAAACAGCAACAACGGCUUGUUCUGAGUAAUUAAGACAAAACGGUCACAUGAAUCAUUCUUUUGUGAUGACAGGCCCUGAGUGACCUUCCCUCUUUCUCACCGCUGUUCAGCUGAAGUGCAAAGAGUGUAAAAAUAUUUUUUAUUCCUGUUUGCAUGUGGGUUGGUUUUCUUUUCUAGGUUUGUCUUCACCCAGAUUUGUUUUUUUAUAGGGGAAGGCGAAUGUUUAUUUACCUUUUGGUAAUUUCAUCUACUGACCAAAAUAGCUUUGGUGACAUUCUUCCUUGCCCUGUGGACAUGUCAGGGGUCAUGGCUUGGGAGAAGGCGUGAUGAGUCAAUCACCGGGGCUUCUGAUGGGCUGUGUUGUUUGUCACACACCUCUUGUCACCGAGUUGCCCUUCUGUGAUGUCUGAGGUAAAAAAUGCAGAGAAAAGCAGGGGCCAGAGCUAGUGGCCGGCUCCAGCAAACCAUCCCCGUUACCACCCAGGCAUAAUGAGUAGAGUCAACCUGCCUGAGUGCUUUCAUUGUAAAGGUGGGUAUUUAAUGUCAGUUGUGCCGGAAAUUGACUUAGCACUUUCUCUGUUUUUCUAUGCUUAUAUAUAUUUCUUUUUUAUACCCAAGAAUAUUUUUGCUGAGCCUGCCCAAUAUCCACUUUCCACAACUUUGAUUACUGGCUACAAGAAAUAUUUCCUUACCUUCCCAAAAUCCCAUACUCCCCAGAAUUUGCUAGCAAAGUGAGCCCUGACACCGUAUUUCAUUGUGACCUCCUCUCCCCUGACCUGUGUAAGCAUUCCUGUAUCCUUUCGGUUUUAAUAUUUGCACAGCCAAAAGCAGCCCUCAUACAUGCAAAAGGUCUGACAAGGUUCCCUCCACAUCCAUUCCAGUAUGUAAAGAGGACAUGAAUAUUUCAGGAAGAGCAAGAGCAUGACUCCGUCGGUGUGUGAAAUUUCAAAUGUGAUUAUAAAUAUAGUCGAGUCCUAUAGGAUGAUCCACUAGAAAUAAACUUUAUGGAAAACGUUCACUAACCUCCUUUAAAAGAAUAAGGGAUUGCCGUGUGUUGCAAAAAGACAGCUUGGGUGUUUUUCCUAACAAAUGUCAGCACAGCCUUCCUGAAUUCACUAUGUAUUCAAACCUCUAACAUGCUUUGUGAUUUUCUUUGGUUUUCUUUCUGUCUGAGGUAACCGGGAAUUGCGUUCAAAAUGAGUUCAUUUAUGAUCAGGCUUCGAGUUGCCGAAGCUGAGGUCACUUUCCCCCUAGUCAUGAAGCAAACUGUGUUUUUCUUCAAGACUUCAUAGGCAUAUACAGCGUCUGGACUAUCUUUUGAAUAUAAUUGGAAGCUUCGAAUCCUCGAAAAGCAAGCCUGUUCUCUUCAUAAAAAAUGCUAACCACCUCUGCCCAUGGAUGGAGAUCCCUUGGAUGCAGCAGUAGAUUUUUUAAUUCUUUUUAUCCCCAACUCAGAAGAGAACCAUUAUGGUUUAAGUAGAAAAUGCAGAAUGGCAAAAUCCACCAGAGAAAUCGUACUUAUCGAAACAGGCCAUGGCCUGCAUGUGUUCAGAUAAAUCAUUUAGUAUUGUGUAAAUAGAGCUGCAGCCUUAGCUUCACGGGGAUGGUGUGGGAUCUUGGCAGAGCAAAGUAGGACCGCGAAGGGGUGGAAAGGCUGUGCUGAUGAUGCUAUCGGCAUAAGGGACCCAUCUCAGCCAGAAUCUUUUAUUCUGAUAACAGAAUCCUGUACGUGCUAAACACAUCGAAGAAUCCAUUAAAAAGCAAGGAAACAAACACCCAGCCUCCUCGUUCUGAAACACUGAUGGUGGGCAAGUAGCACCCCAGCCUCUGGUGGCUUCCUUCUACACCACUGAUCUUAACUAAAGUGCAUAGUGAGUUCUCCAGCUACACCUCACGUUUCCAGAUUCUUCCUAAGGCCACCUACCCAGCCGGGUUGAUCUGAUCAUCUCAACUGGCCGGCUCCUAAAUAUUUCACUACAGCCUUCCGUUCAUGUUGAAGUAGAUGAAAUGAGAAGGAGUGAAUGGCUCGUCUCUCAAUGGCCUUUUCUUUGGGGUUCUCUCUCUUUAUCAGCUCUUGCCUGAGAUUUUGCCCCAAUUCAGCCUUGAGAGUGGGAAGACUAUGAACAGGUAACCCUUAGUCCUACAGCCCCAUCAAACCCACCUUGACAGUGACCCUCUAGACUGGGGUAGUGAGUACUUUGUAGGAAGCAGGUCGAAAGUCCCUGGAUCCCUUGCCUGGCCCUCCCGAAUGCUGCAGGAGACACUCAAAGGAGCCCAAGGGAAGCAAAUUGUUCUCCCCCAGCCCCUGCUGCAGUGGAGAGGGAAGAAAGGCCACAAAUUCAAAGCAGGUCAUAGAUCUGUGGCAGGUUCUAGGAACUUAAUAUGUACACUUCAGUUGAUGAAUAUUUGUAAAGUUGGGAAUAUUGUUUGAUGGCGGAGGGCUGGGGGGAGGGGGGCGGUGAUGAAGAAUUGGAGGAGGAAGCCCUUGCUAUAUGAAAUUCAUGCAGACCAAACAGUUUCCCUGACAGAAUAAAUAAAGCUGGUGCUACCCUGCUCCAGAAUCAAAAGCAAUUUAAUUAAAGUCUCUUAAGUUGUAAAGAGUUUUAAAUGCUGUACGUUGAAGGCGAAUGCCUGCGAAGGCAGUGGGCUUGACGUCAGCUGCCAGCCUGGGCUGGGAGGCCAUUUGCUAUUCUGUUUAAGGCAGGCUGGGUUGUCUUAUUUUGGAACCAGCUUGGUGGGGGGUUUGCUUUGCUACUGCUUCUGAGCCCUGAGCUUCAAAGGCUGAAAUUAAUGGUGAACAAAAUUGUGCGGCUCUGGCCGUCCCAUGCGGGGCAAGCCCAUUGAGGGUUAUCAUUAAGUAAAGGAAUAAAGGAGGGGAAAAAGCCGCCUGUUCCAAAAACCUCAUCAGAUAAUGACCUCAGUGAUUGGGUUUUCAUUACCAAACAGCAUCCAGAGAUUAACGGCUCCACAGAAGAAGGGAGGGGGGAGAAAAAGAAAGAAAGGAAAGCAACUGUCUUUCUCUCCCUCUCUUUCUCCUUUUUAUUUUUUCCUUUUUUUUUUUUUUUUGCACAUCUUUUCUUUAAAACUGUCAGAUCAUUUCAGUAUUUCAAAUCCGAGGAAAACAGCCUGCCUGCUGCUGUAUUUGAAGUUGUAAUGGUGUCAAAAAGUCACGACUGACUGACAGCCGUCAGUCCCAGAGGGGCUCAUUAAAUCAUAAAAACUUGACAAGGAAAUAAUUGCGCAUCACCAGCAACUUGGCGCCUGUUUAGACGUUUUUAUUUUCUUUCAUUAUUAGUCCCCACCAUUACGUUCAUUAACAAAUUGCAUUAAACAACUGUUAAGGGCUAA